GGAAGGAUGCCUGCUGGGGGCGCUCACCUUACAACGAGGUUCGGCCCAGCUGCCAUUCCGCACGUGUGAAUCUGGUGACAUGCGAGCAAAGCCUCCCUUCAUGCUGCGCCGUGCGACGCCUGCGAUCUCGGACGAUAUUUUCUGGAUCGCAUCCUCACCCAAACCAGCGCAUCCUCGAUCCAUAUGAGCUGGAAUCCGGCCAGAAGGGCAGGAAAGCGGCUAAAGCUGACGUGUAGCAGCCGAUCUGACGGUGCGCCAGCGACGAUUUCUGCUCGGGACGGGAAAAGGACUGCUGCCACCUUGACCGACUCGACCCAGGCAUGCGGUCGAAGUGGGAGGAAGGGAAUUCGGAAUUGGGCCACGUAACGGAAACACGAGAGGGAAUGCGGCGACGGAAUUCGGAGUUGCUGGUUUUUGGUUUUCAUCAUUUCUCAAAUCUCUCUUCCAAGUCUCUCAGAUCUCGCCAACCUUGCUCUGGCUUCCUCGGAGAAACGAGAGCAUUAGCGACAGGAGUCUAGAGUCAGCCUAGCCCUGGGACCGUAAGUCUGGAGUCAACUGACAGGUCGGUAGCAUCAUCUCGUGGUUUACUGAUCUCAUUCCAAUUUGCAAACGCCUUAUCAGCUAGUUUUUUUGUCGGUUCAGGUUGUUUAGAGGUGUCUUAAUCACAUAGCGGCGCACGCGCAAAUGGCCGUAGCUCUCGCGACUUGCUGCGCCGCCGCCGGCUUGCGCGUCGCUCCGCCGCUGACGGCGCGGCGGGGAAGCUCCCCCGUCAGCUGGUCUGACAGCGCCGGCUGGGCGCAACCCUCUCUGGCAAUCCCUACCACGUUAGCGGCGCCGCGAGUCACGGGGUUCAAAGCCGAGGCGCAGGCGCAGCAGGUGGGCGAGCGCGUGGGCGGCGCGCGCGCGCCACGCGACGAGAACGUGGCGGGCGACUUCUACGUGGACCACACGUGCAUCAACUGCGACGUGUGCCGCUGGAUGGCGCCGGAGGUGUUCGCCAAGAUCGGGCCGCAGUCGGCCGUGUUCGCACAGCCCGGCGACGAGGGGACCGCAGUGAAGGCGCUGCAGGCGCUGCUGUCGUGCCCCACGGCGUCCAUCCACUCGCGCGAGUCGCUAUCGCUCGUGCCGCGGGCGCGCGACGCCUUCCCGCUGCCCAUCCACGCGUCGCUGCCCGCCGUGUUCCACUGCGGCUACCACUCGCGCAAGUCCUUCGGCGCCACCUCGUACCUCAUCCAGCGCGCCUCAGGAAACGUGAUGGUGGACUGUCCGCGCUACUCGGAGCAUCUGGCGGAGAAGCUCGCGCGCAUGGGCGGCGUGCGCUACAUCGCGCUCACGCACCGCGACGACGUGGCGGACCACGCGCGCUGGGCGGCGCGCUUCAAGGCGGAGCGUGUGCUGCAUGCGCUGGAGGUGCAGCCCGACACUGCUGACGUGGAGAUGAUUCUGGACGGCACGGGGCCGUGGUGCCUGGGGUCGGACUUAAAGAUCAUUUUCACCCCUGGUCACACGGAGGGCUCGGUGAGUGUACUAUACAAGGCGGACGGGGGCGCGCUGUUCUCUGGGGAUCAUCUGGCGUAUGCUCCCAACACGGAAAGCCUUUCCAUCAUGAGACGAGUCAACUGGUACUCGGUGCCGGUGCAGGUGCAGAGCACCAAGAAGCUGGUGGGCCUGCCGUUCCUCUGGCUGCUGCCAGGCCACGGGCGGCGGUUCCACUUUGAGAAUGAGGAGCAGAGGGAUGCCAUGCUGCAGCAGGUGGUGGCGGGGGAGGAGGCGCUGCUGCGGGGCUGAGUGCAUGUGACCGGAUAUUCUUACAUGUGCAUGCUCUCUUGUGCAUAAGAGAGCAUUUGCAGGCGGUAGAUGGCAAUAGAUGCCAUGCUGCAGCAGGUGGUGGCGGGGGAGGAGGCGCUGGUGGCUGACUCAACGAGUCCUGAGUGCGCGCUAGCUGCGUAGCGCAAAGCAUGUCAGGCUUGCCAGGGAGGGGAAGGGGACGGUGAUCCUGUAGCGGGUGGUGGCAGGAAGGAGGCUCUGCUGGGGGGCUGAGUGCAGUGCUUGUGGAAGGAUGUGACCGCGAGCAAGCAAGGGUGGCACUUGCAGGUGUUAGAUGGAUGUGUCAUGUGGGGGAGCAGAGGGGAUGUGAUUCUGCUGCAGGUGCUGGCGGAGGAGGCUCUGCUGAGGGGCAGAUAGUGCUUGGAUGCGAACAGUAUAGGGCGGUGGUCGUGUUGUGACCUUCACUGGGUGCGAGUGGGGGUGGGGUUGGAGAAACCGUUGCUGCUGCGCUGAGGGGCUGCCUUUCACAUCGAGCAGUGCCUGGGGUCGUGCAGGGGUCCAUCCAUGGUAUGCGAACCAGCAGCGGUUACUGUGUUACGUGAGGUGCUAGCUAGAUUAGGCUGCUUAUAGGCAGCACGGUUUUUGUAGGGAAUUCUGUACCACAUGGUUUCACAGUAACGAAUGGCAACCCACUUGGGAUACAUCUAGUGCAGCAGUGGCAACUCUAACCUUAGUGACAAUGUCAAGUGUAAAUCUGGAGGCUGGAUUGCAUGCACCCCCUCAUGGUAUGGGUGACAUGUG